AUGGCUCACAGGUGCAUCCACUGGUUCCGUAAAGGGCUGCGUCUGCACGACAACCCGGCAUUGAUGGCAUCUCUGAAGGACUGCAAGGAGCUCUACCCGGUGUUCGUCCUUGACCCACACCUCUUUGACAAUACAAGGGUGGGCAUCAACCGCUGGAGGUUCCUCCUGGGGGCGCUCAAAGACUUGGACUGCAGCCUCAGACAGCUUAACUCUAGGCUGUUUGUUGUGAGAGGCAAACCAGAGGACAUUUUCCCUAAGCUUUUCACCAAGUGGAAAAUAACUAAGCUGACAUAUGAAUAUGACACAGAGCCGUACAGUGUGUCCCGCGACCAAAAGGUGACAGCUCUUGCCAAAGAACACAAAGUGGAGGUUGUCUACAAAGUGUCCCACACGCUUUAUGACAUAGACAGAAUAAUAGAGGAGAAUAACGGGAAAGCCCCCCUCACAUACAACCGCAUGCAGACAUUAGUGAAGACCAUCGGGCACCCAAAGAGACCAAUCCUCGCUCCCACUGAAGAGGACAUGAAUGGUGUGAAGACCCCUUAUUCAGAGGAUGAUGAAAACCAAUACAGCAUCCCGUCUGUGGGUGAGCUCGGUCAUGACUUAUCGAAACUUGGAGAGGAGCCUUUCCCAGGAGGAGAACAAGAAGCGUUGAGGCGACUGGAGGAAAAUAUGAAAAAAACUGGAUGGGUGUGCAGUUUUGAGAAACCUCAGACAUCUCCCAACUCUUUGAGCCCAAGCACCACGGUCCUUAGCCCCUACGUCACCUUUGGGUGCUUGUCGGCACGCACCUUCUGGUGGAGGCUGACCGAAGUUUACAAAGGAAAAAAACAUUCCGAUCCACCAGUGUCUCUACAUGGACAGUUACUGUGGCGAGAGUUCUUCUACACAGCCAGUGUGGGAGUCCCCAACUUUAACAAAAUGGAGGGCAACCCUGUAUGCACUCAGGUGGACUGGGACACAAACAAUGAAUACCUAACUGCAUGGCGAGAGGCACGAACCGGUUUCCCCUUCAUUGACGCUAUCAUGACGCAACUAAGACAAGAAGGAUGGAUUCAUCAUCUUGCUAGGCACGCUGUAGCCUGCUUCCUCACCAGAGGAGACCUGUGGAUCAGCUGGGAGGAAGGUCAAAAGGUAUUUGAGGAGUUGCUGUUGGAUGGCGACUGGGCCCUCAAUGCAGGCAACUGGCAGUGGCUCUCUGCUAGUACCUUUUUCCACCAGUAUUUCAGGGUUUACUCUCCUGUGGCGUUUGGCAAAAAGACGGACAAAAACGGCGACUACAUCAAGAAAUACCUUCCCAUCCUGAAGAAGUUUCCCUCUCAGUACAUCUACGAACCUUGGAAAGCACCAGGCAGUGUGCAAAAAGCAGCAGGAUGCAUUGUGGGUAAAGAUUAUCCCCGUCCCAUAGUGGAGCACGAAGUUAUCAGUAAGAAGAACAUACAGAGGAUGAAGUUGGCAUACGCCAAGAGGUCUGGCAACACCGAUGAAUCACCUAGCAAGAAGCAAGGUGUGAAACGCACGGCGCCCUCUGUUGUCGAAAUGUUGAAGAAGAAAGAAAAGAAAUGA